AUGAGUCUGGCCUACAUGCCUCGAGGUAUGGCCAAGAAGAACCCAGAUCAGUUCGAUCCGUCUGCGCUGCUCAACCUGAUCAACUACUGCCAGUGGUUCUCGUCUGUGGAUCCAAAGUUAGUCAGAGAGGUGAUCCGAUACAGGAACGAGCUGAUGCAUUCCUGUGAUUUUCGUGUGACGGAUGAAUGGAUGAGACGCUACAGGAACACUAUGAGACACUUUUUGCAGCAGUUCAAUGACGUACCGCGGAUGGCAGCAGUUGGACAACAGAUUGACGAGAUGCUGGACGCUGAUUUGUCAAUACAUGUCGCCGGUGUGGACGCUAUUGAUUCUGCUGGCUCGGUGGAUGGAUUAGAGUCUGAUUCUGUCAAUCUGACCGGACCAGAGAUCAGCGCCGGCUUAGUCAGCCAAUGGGAAUCUGAGUUGCUGCAAGAGAUGUUGCAGGAGAUCCUGCAAGUUGGUGCUGAGGAGGGUGACACAACGGCACAGGACGCCCAGCAGUUAAAGAAGCUGGGCGGCUUCCUGCAGGCCAACAAGGAUCUCGGUGAGAGGUUUUCUGCGGAGCUCCGAGCCAUUAACUCUCUGGAGGCCAGACACUAAUAAAAAGGAGUGAGUGAAGACGAGGAUGAGGGACGCGUUUUGCACCAAGUUUUUGUAUUACUUAUUUGAAAUGGGCCAAGAUCAGAAUUUAAGUUGAAGAACAAAGGAUUUAUGAGCCUGCACACUGUGUCAUGAUAACACAAAUAAAAGAUUUUGGCAAAAUCA